AUGUCUUUGCUUAGAAGACCUUCAAGAUUAACGAGCCUUUGGGAAUUAGAGUCUUCCGAUGAAGAGAGUACUUUUCAAGAUGACCAACAAAUGUCUAAGCAUUCCUUCCCAAGGGAAGAAUUUGAAAAAAUGAAAGAAAAAACACGACAGGGUUGUCCUUCGAUUGACCCAGAAAUUCGGCCAGACUUUACAGCUUUACUAAAAAUAUUUUCCUCGGAUAAGUUAUUGCGUCAAGCGGCUAUUUUUGCUGGAACACGCAAAAUUAACGAAAAAAUUGUUGACCACUUUCACACCACAUGGAAACAUCCUAUGCACAUGGGAGUACCAAAUGUAGAGUUUGUCUCAUUUAUGAUGAGUGAUAGGAAAGUUUGUCAAAGAUUUGACGAAUAUAUGUCAGAAUUACUGUUGAUAUUAGACGAUCCACAUGUAAAACCUUUGUGGCAUGGAACAACCAUUAAAUGCAAAUUUGAUGAUAAACCUUGUGACCCAAGUUCAACAGAUUGUUGCGCUGGGUGUAAUAUAUUGAGUAAAGGAUUUGACAUUAGUAAGAGUGGGUCAGCAAAUCCCUUUAAAAGGUUUGGAUCGGGAAUAUAUUUUGCACCAAAUUCUUCAAAAGCACAUAGUUAUGCUACUCCCAGAGGAGGAUCGGAUGAUCUCUUCACAAUUUUAUUUUGUUUCGUUGCCUUGGGAAGAUGCCACACGACGACUGAUGAUAUGCCACAUUUAACUGAUGCGCCAUAUCCUUGCCAUUCAGUUCAUGGGCGUGUAGGAACUAGAUUGAAUUAUGAGGAAUUUGUGAUUUAUAGACCGGAUGCAGUUGUACCAUUUGCGGCCGUAACAUACAGAAUGGACAAAUGGUGA